CGCGCCCACCAUGUCCCGGCAGCCCACCGUCACCUUCCAGACCGGCGGUCGCAGGGGCUUCAGCGCAGCGUCCGCCACCACCCCGGCCCACGGCCGCUCCCGUUUCAGCUCCGUGUCCACGGCCCGCUGCGCAGUGGGCAGCGGGGGGCUGGGAAGGAUCAGUGGUGCGGGGUCCGGUUUUGGGAGCCGCAGCCUCUACAACCUUGGGGGGGCCAAGCGGGUCUCCAUCGGUGCGUGCGGCAGCGGCUUGCGCGCUGGCCUCGGCGGCAGGGCCAGCGGCGGGUUCGGGGUCGGCGGCGGAUUCGGCUAUGGGGGUGGGCCCGGAGGGGGCUUCGGGGGCGCCGGCUUCCCCGUCUGCCCUGCUGGAGGCAUCCAGGAGGUCACCGUCAACCAGAGCCUCCUGACUCCCCUCAACCUGCAAAUCGACCCCAGCAUCCAACGAGUGAGGAAAGAGGAGAAGGAGCAGAUCAAGACCCUCAACAACAAGUUCGCCUCCUUCAUCGACAAGGUGCGGUUCCUGGAGCAGCAGAACAAGGUCCUGGAGACCAAGUGGAGCCUGCUGCAGGAGCAGGGCACCAGGACCGUGCGGCAGAGCCUGGAGCCCUUCUUUGACGCCUACAUCAGUGACCUCCGGCGGCAGCUGGACAGCAUCACCGCAGAGAGGGGCAGGCUGGACGCUGAGCUGAGGAACAUGCAGGACGUCGUCGAAGAUUUCAAAAUCAGGUAUGAGGACGAGAUUAACAAGCGCACGGCCGCUGAGAACGAGUUUGUGGCUCUGAAGAAGGACGUGGACGCCGCCUACAUGAACAAGGUGGAGCUGGAGGCCAAGGUCAAUUCUCUGACCGACGAGACCAACUUCUUGCGGAUGUUCUUUGAGGCAGAGCUGUCCCAGAUGCAGACCCAGGUCAGCGACACGUCCGUGGUCCUCUCCAUGGACAACAACCGCACCCUGGACCUGGACAGCAUCAUCGCCGAGGUCAAGGCCCAGUACGAGGAGAUCGCCAACCGCAGCCGGGCCGAGGCCGAGUCCUGGUACCAGACCAAGUACGAGGAGCUGCAGGUCACGGCCGGCCGGCACGGGGACGACCUCCGCAGCACCAAGCAGGAGAUCUCCGAGAUGAACCGGGUGAUCCAGAGGCUGAGAACCGAGAUCGACAACGUCAAGAAGCAGUGCUCCAGCCUGCAAACGGCCAUCGCCGACGCCGAGCAGCGGGGAGAACUGGCCCUCAAGGACGCGCGGGCCAAGCUAGUAGACCUGGAGGAGGCCCUGCAGAAGGCCAAGCAGGACAUGGCCCGGCUGCUGCGGGAGUACCAGGAGCUGAUGAACGUGAAGCUGGCCCUGGACGUGGAGAUCGCCACCUACAGGAAGCUGCUGGAGGGCGAGGAGUGCAGGCUGAGUGGAGAGGGUGUUUCUCCAGUUAACAUCUCCGUGGUCUCCUCCACUGUCACCAGCGGCUACGGUGGUGGCAGCAGCCUCGGAGGUGGAAACCUGGGUCUCGGAGGGGGCAGCGGCUACUCCUUCUCCACCAGCGGUGGGCUCGGCCUGGGCGCCGGCCUGGGGGGCUCCAGCUUCAGUGCGAGCAGCAGCCGGGGCCACGGGGGGAGCGGCUCCAGCGUCAAGUUCGUGUCCACCACGUCCUCCAGCCGGAAGAGCUACAAGCACUAACGGGCAGUCUGAGCCGCCCGCCCACUCCCGGCCCGGCCGGCCUGACCCCCGGAUCCCUGGGUCCUGCUCCUGCUCCCCCCACACGGUGACCCCGUUAGCCCCUUCCCUGGCCUGCCUGGUUGCACUCUGCCAAAGCCGCUGUCUCUCAAGUUCACGGUCAGCCUGGCUUGAGCCUCCCCAGCUCGGCCCUCCCCCACCCCGUGCGGAGCUGGGGUGACUGCGUCUCCCAGACCUUCUCAGCCGUUGUUGGCCCCCAACACCCCCGUCUCACGGUGCUUAGAAGCGGCCUGCUGGGAGCGAAGGCCCCUCU